AUGGAUUCGAGCAACGUAUGUUAUUAUGCCUCUUAUAUUGCUUUCUGCAUAUAUGUGUUGAAGCAUGCAAAGACCCCUUGCCUUGACAAGUAUUGUUUACGUUUUCUAGCAGGCAAAAGUUUUUAAAAUGCGGCAAAGAACUUCGUUAUUGUGAUUUGCAUUGUUGAAUCACAAUGGAGAACUGCAAGCAAAAAGUAAACAAGGCAAGGGUCGGCAUUAUUAAGUAAUGUACUUUGAAAGUAUAAUUUGAUAUAAAUUUAUAGAGGAUUCCAGUAUUCAUUGGUCUCAGUGUGGUUGCUGUUACUGCCGUCUUUGUGGUUGUUCGUAAAUAUUUUUCAAGCAUCAGUGAUGAUAAGACACCCACUGCACUAGACCCAACUGAGAAGAUUGCGUUUGAAAUGAUCGAGAAAGAG